AUGGGACUGGCUGACGAGGAGCCAUUUGAAGAUGAGGAAGAAACUAGUGAGGAAGAGCAGCUUGGUGAUGAGAUCGGUGGAGUACCUGCAGAUAGUUCACCCUAUCCAGAUUCGUCUUCCCACCAGGAGACUCAGGAGAAGGACCUUACUGAGUCAGACUCAUCCCCAGAGACUGUUUCGCCACUUCCUUCAUCUUCUCUUAGUAUUCAUAUCCCAGGACGCAAGAUUACUAUUGCCCCCAGAAAAUCCAUUCCUAUCCCAUCCCGCAAGAGGGCAACCUCCCCACCAUCAUCCCCGAAUCCAUCCAAGAAAUCUUGCCCAACCCACAAGUGGACUAGUGGAUCCAGUAGGAUAAUAUUGGUUUCUAUGAUAUUGUAG